GCAGUGAAUAGACGAGAAAUUUUAUUAACACCCUUUCUUCCGCACUCCCCCCUAUCCUCCUCCCCUUUACAUUCCGCUCAAAACAAAAGCCCACACCAUGGACCAUUCCAGUGAGCCCAACAAUGCCGCCCUGUACGAUGCGCGCCGCCGCAGGGGCUCGGUCGGCACCUCUCAGCUUCUCGACAACAUAGUUUCUGCCUCCAACUUCGAUCGCGAAGAAGUUGACCGUCUCCGCAAGCGCUUCAUGAAGCUGGAUAAGGACAGUUCUGGUACUAUUGAUCGCGAUGAAUUCCUUUCUUUGCCUCAAGUUUCAUCCAACCCACUCGCCACGAGAAUGAUCGCCAUCUUCGACGAGGACGGCGGCGGCGACGUCGACUUCCAAGAAUUCGUGUCCGGCCUGUCGGCCUUCAGCUCCAAGGGCAACAAGGAGGAGAAGCUUCGAUUUGCAUUCAAGGUGUACGACAUCGACCGCGACGGGUACAUCUCCAACGGCGAGCUCUUCAUCGUCCUGAAGAUGAUGGUCGGCAACAACCUGAAGGAUGUGCAGCUGCAGCAGAUCGUCGACAAGACGAUCAUGGAGGCCGACAAGGAUGGCGAUGGGAAGAUCAGCUUCGAGGAGUUCACGGAAAUGGUGGAGAAUACGGAUGUCAGUUUGAGUAUGACGCUGAAUUCUAUCUAGUCGUUGGUUGGAUGAUGAUGAUAGGUGGUGUAUACCCAUGACUUUGGAAGCCGAGAGGGUGGGUGGGUGUUUGAUCUCAAUCUUAUGGGUAUUCUGUGCCCGCCCGCGCACACGCGCGCGCGCGCGUGUGUGUGUGUGUGUGUUUGUGUGUGUGUGAUACGACAAUUUGUGAUUCCCUUUCCCGUCUCUGCGCUGUUAUUCUUCCUCGAAAUAUUACCCUUUGCGAUUCGACAUGGAACUUGACCUUCAUGCAAUCUCCUGCGAUUUGCGGCAUUUAAUCCGCCCUGCAUCUCGGCUUU